AUGAGGAUUAAUUUUUUUUAAAUGACGGGAAAUAAAAAAUUUAUUUUGUGACCCACCUGCCACCCCGAAACGAGCCCACAAAUUGUCACCAAAGUCUCCAACUUUUCUCCCUCUCCACACUUAAACCCCCACCAAGAAUCUGAAGGGUUUUGGGAAAGUGGAAGAAAGAAGAAGAAGAAAAAAAUGAGCCUCAGAAACUUGUUGAAAACACGGCGAUCUCUGCAUCAUCACCAAUGGAAGAAACAACCCGCAAAUGAUUCAAUCGGGGCCCCGACAUUCCGGACCCAUCACCUCCACCAACAAUCGAGACCCAUUUCUCGGUUCACCCAAUCCAUUUACAGAAAGGCCAGGGAGACUGAGCUGUCGGUGCCCACUGCGUUAUCUCUUCCGUUCUCCUCCUCCGCCGCCGCCGCGAAGGCUGGGUUCGUCGGGUGGUACUUGGAAUUGUUGAAGACCCGGCCCAUUCUCACCAAGAGCCUCACCUGUGCUGUAAUUUAUACCGCUGCGGAUUUGUCAUCUCAGACACUUUCAGGUGCACUAUCCUUGGGGCAGUAUGAUCUUCUAAGGACACUACGCAUGUCUGGUUAUGGGAUGCUGAUUUUAGGACCUUCCCUUCACUUCUGGUUCAACUUUCUCUUUAGGGCUCUCCCAAAGCAAGACCUUAGAUCCACCAUUACAAAGAUGGCUUUGGGACAGACUGUCUAUGGACCUAUUAUGACCGUUGUUUUCUUCUCCGUAAAUGCUGCUUUGCAAGGUGAGAAUGGAGCGGAGAUUCUUGCGCGGCUGAAGCGCGACUUCAUCCCCACGAUGGCAAGUGGCAUCAUGUAUUGGCCAAUUUGUGAUUUUGUCACAUUCAGAUUCAUCCCUGUCCAUCUUCAGCCAUUGGUGAGCAACUCAUUUUCAUACAUAUGGAAUGUGUACUUGACUUACAUGGCGAGCAAGGAGAGAGUAGCCACAGAAUAACGCUUCUAUGAUGAAUGCUAUAUGCAGCAGCACGGAUCAAUGGAACGGCGGGUUGCACCUUUGUAUUUUCAUAUUUUUUUUGUAUUCUUUUCCCAGCCAUAUCAAUCGACCCUGACCUACUAUAGUGUAAGCCUCUUCGUGCUUUUUGCGUUAAGGUCCAUA